GACCUAAUUUUCAUCACGUUGAACACCACGAGGACUUCCUGAAUAAAAGAGGAGCGACUGAUUUAACUUAACCUUUUCAAAUCGAAAGCUCUUGAACAAAACACAACAUUAUGUAUGCGAUUCUAGUCAGUGCUCUUAUUGUCUGCGCCUGCGCGGCUCCAUCUGUUGACUUCAAAGCUAAAGGGCCAUGCAGGUUUGACGGACACACGUAUGUGGCAGGUGAAACAAUCUUAAUUGCCAAGUGUCUGGCUACAAUGGAGUGUCUUGGAGACAAUAACUAUGGAAACAUGACAUCACUUGGUGGUAUAUGCCAACAGAAAAGGGAAACUGACGGACAAAAAGGGUGUCUGUUCGAUGGUCGUGUGUAUGGAAAGGGAGACAAAAUCACUAUUAAGCCAUGUCUUGCCCAGAUGACAUGUGAUGGCUUCAACAUAUACAAAGACAUGAAAUCUCUAGGAGGAGUUUGCCCAUCAAAGAAACGGGAAUUAAACGGACAGAAGGAUUGCCUGUUUGAUGGGCGUGUGUACGCUACAGGAGAGACUAUUAUGAUACCAAGCUGUCUAGGAGAGAUGACAUGUCUUGGCCGCAACAAAUACUCUCCAAUCACAGAGUUUGGUGGUGUUUGUCCAGAGAAACAGACAAGAGAAGUCGACGGACAAACUGGAUGCUUAUUUGAUGGCCACGUGUAUGCUGCUGGUCAGACCAUUACAGUACAAGAAUGCCUAUCAAAAUUCACGUGUCUGGGUUACAACAAGCUUUCACAGAUCACAAUGCUAGGGGACCAGUGUUAAAGGACAGACUAAUGGAAAACCAACAUACUGUUCAUCUUUAAAUUUUAUUAUUAUUCAUUAAUUGUAAUCCUAUUGUAAUAAAUAACGCAUUUUUGUACAGAAAUAAAAACAUACGUGCUAUUU